AUGCCGGAGUCAAAGAGUCCGAAUUUUCUUGGUCCAAUGGGCACAGAUGCAGGCAAGAGCCGGCGUGAACGAAAUAGAGAGGCACAGCAACAAUUUCGGAAACGGAGACAGGCUGCUGAAGCGGCGAGGGUGCAAAGGCUUAAGCGACUCGAAGGCGUGGUUGAGAGAAUGAGCACGGUGAUUGUAGACUUUGCCGACAAGAUGCUACAGGAGGAAAUAUUGAAACAAUAUCCUGCAUUGGCGGCCGACGUACAGAAUGUCAUUACGCAGGUACUUAGUCUGGCGAACGAGGCUGGGGACCCGGAAGAGACGAAGUCGAGUGAACGGCAUGCACAGAAGUCGCCAGGUUAUGGGGACGACGAAUGGCAUACGGCAAGAUCUUCACAAGAUUCGGCAAGCCCAGCAGGGCCACAGAAUUCAUUAAUCGACAUGCCACUUUCCUUCGACCAACAGGACACAAAACGCUCCCCACCAGAGCACAAUCAACUGAGAGACACCCCUCAGAUCGUAUAUCCCACAAUACAAAACCCGCCACUUGACUCCCAUUCACCAUUUUCACCACCGGCAUCUAUGGCACACUCCCUAGGCUCUGGAAUUUGGAACACACCAAUGUCACUAUCCUCAACAUCUGUUUCCUCUCUCCCAAUACAGUCACGCUUUGAUAUAGGUUCAAGACUUUCUGAACAAGCAGCCCUGGCUCAUACGUUCCUAGGGCAGACAAACCUGGCGUAUCCUGAUCUAUACCACGAUUCAAUGAGGAAAUCUUUAUGA